AUGGAAAAUAGGCAUCAGAGGAGAAAAUGUGAUGUGACCUGUGAAAUGGCCCCAUACUUUCCAGCCAGCAGGUACAGUGAGUUCCAAAAUGCUCAUAAGAUCUUUGGUGUGAGCAACAUCCAAAAGAUCAGGGCCAUGGCUGCACCUGAUCAAAGACAGGCAGCUGCUGAAAGCAUUCUCAAGGAAGGGAAUGCAUGGAAAGUUAUAGACACAAUCAGCUGUAAUGAAGCUAUCAAACUAAUAGGUAGCAAUAUCAAGCUAUACAAGCAAUACCUCAAGGAAAUGGCUUUGCAUGUGUCGCUUAAGACAUGCAGGUUUCUUAUAAGUAGCACCGCAUUCUUGGCAAGUAUUGGAUUUUUCCCUCUCUCCUUCCCCAUCCCCAUCAGCCUCUUUGGCCAUUUCCAUCUCUUCUUGGAACAAAAGUAA